UCUAGUGGCCAUAUAGACAAACAACUCAGACACAGGGAGCAGCGCAGGGAGCAGCACAGCAGUUGUGUAUAUGGCUCAGAUAGACAAAGGGCUUUAGGAUGACAGAGGGCCAUCUGAAUGAGGAGAUAGGAGACACUGUGAUGCAGCUCUGACAGCAGGAGAGAUAUGCUGGGUGUAGAAGCAACCGUGUGGACACAGCUGGAUUUUAAUGUGGAUUUGAAAGGACAGCGGAAAAAGCAAAAAGCAGAUCUAUACAUGAACAUGUUUGAAAGUUGGAUCCUCGAGGUCUGCUGGUACAUCUUGGAUGAUUGAAAGUCUCAGUUGAGGAAAACCCUGAUUGGUUGAGAGCAGUGAGCAGAAGUGACCUCUGUCCUUGAAUAUGGGAACAUCAACAUUGGGAAAGGCAGCAUCUCUUGAUGCUCUUUUAAAUGAAUGCAUUCAUGCAUUUGAUGACAAUGGACAGUUGCAGGCCAACCUGCUUCCCCGCAACCUCCUGAUGAUGCAUCGCUGGUAUGUUACAUCCUCCGAACUGGCGGGAAAGCUUCUGAUGAUGUACCGUGACUGCAAAGAUGACAACUGUCAGAUAACCAGGCUGAAGAUUUGUUAUUUAAUGAGGUACUGGAUAGUCACAUUCCCGGCAGAGUUCAACCUGGAUUUGGGUCUGAUCCAGAUCACAGAAGAGUUCAGAGACGUGGCUGCUCAGCUCGGCUGUGAGGAGCAUUUCAAAUUCCUCGACAUCUCCACAAUUCCGUCCUAUGACUGGAUGCGUAAGCUGACCCAGCGGAAGAAGCAGGCCAAGAAAGGCAAGGCCUCACUGCUGUUUGACCACCUGCAGCCCAUGGAGCUGGCCGAGCAUCUCACUUUCCUUGAGUUCAAAUCCAUCCGGAGGAUAUCGUUCACUGAUUACCAGAGCUAUGUAAUCCACGGCUGCCUGGUGGACAACCCGACUUUGGAGCGCUCUAUUGCUCUGUUCAACGGAGUGUCACAGUGGGUCCAGCUUAUGGUGCUGAGCAAGCUAACACCUCAGACCCGGGCAGAUGUUAUAACCAAAUUCAUCCAUGUGGCUCAGAAACUUCUGCAGCUACAGAACUUCAACACUCUGAUGGCCGUAGUGGGGGGGCUGAGCCACAGCUCCAUCUGUCGACUGAAGGAGACUCACUCUUAUUUGGCUUCAGAAGUUGUGAAGAUCUGGAGUGAGAUGACAGAACUGGUCUCUUCUAACAACAACUACUCCUGUUACCGGAAAGCCUUCAGUGAAUGCCAGGGCUUCAAAAUCCCCAUCCUGGGUGUGCAUCUCAAGGACCUUAUUGCAGUGCAUGUAGUCUUCCCUGACUGGGUUGAUGACAGUGAUAAGGUGAACCUGGUGAAGAUGCAUCAGCUCUACAUGACCUUCAAUGAGUUGGUGUCUUUGCAAAGUGCAGCUGCUCAAGUGGAGCCCAACAUGGACCUCAUCUACCUGCUAACGCUUUCUUUAGACCUUUAUUACACAGAGGAUGAGAUUUAUGAGCUGUCAUUACUAAGAGAACCACGUAACCCCAAAUCAUUGCCUACCUCUCCAACUACUCCCAACAAGCCCCUGGCUCCACUGGACUGGGCCUCCGGUGUCACCACCAAACCAGACCCUUCACUGGUCAACAAACACAUCAGGAAGCUGGUGGAUUCUGUUUUCAGGAAUUAUGACCACGACCAUGAUGGAUACAUUUCUCAAGAGGACUUUGAGAGCAUCGCUGCUAACUUUCCUUUCCUGGACUCCUUCUGUGUUUUGGACAAAGAUCAAGAUGGAUUAAUCAGUAAGGAUGAGAUGAUAGCCUAUUUCCUUCGGGCUAAUCCACUGCUCCAGUGUAAGAUGGGACCAGGUUUCAUUCAUGACUUCCAGGAGAUGACUUACCUGAAGCCCACGUUCUGUGAACAUUGUGCUGGAUUUCUUUGGGGAAUCAUCAAACAGGGCUACAAGUGUAAAGACUGUGGAGUUAACUGUCAUAAACAAUGUCGGGAGCUGUUGGUUCUGGCCUGCAGGAAGCUGAUUCGUUCCAGCUCUCUGGGUAGUGUUUCUCCAGCCAGACUGACCCACAGCUCACUGCCAAGCAGCCCCGCCCUCCCCACCUGUGCAGAUGAGGAUGAGGUGUUUGAGUUCCCCUCUGUCACAUCAGCAGCUCCAGCUAUGGACCCUCAGUCCAUCACCCUGAUGACCGGCACAGCUCAGAGGAUCUCCGUGCGUCUGCAGAGGGCCACCACCAGCCAGGCCACACAGACCGAGCCCCUGUGGCCUGAACACAGCUGGGGGGGCACAGACAGCGGAUCGCACACUUUCCCCAAAAUGAAAUACAGGACUCACAGGAAAGCAUCAAAGAAUAAAGGAUUUGCUCGUUGGGAAAACCAGAAUGACGGGCAGCACCAGGCAGUUUCUUCCCGGUGCAGCGUGGACUCUCAGCAGAGGUCCGACGUCUCAGGAGGGCUCCAACGCAACGGGGUCGCCCACAGAAGAAAGGACAGCUGACUUGGUCACGGUGGUGAAGGCCAGUCCCAAAGGGCCAGAAAGGUCCAAGUGACUGGGACCAGGAAGCUCUUCUGUCUGGGGGAUGUGCUGGGCUGCCUGAAGUCCCCCCACAGUGAGCUGGAGUUCUCUCUUCCUCUCUAGACUUCAGCCCACGCAGAGCUUCAUAUGGACAGAAUGUCUGAACAGGACAGUGUGUGUGUGAUCUCUGUGAGAAGAGAGACACAGAUCAAGGAGAGGGCUCAGUGGAUGAUGGACUGACCCACACUGUGAUGUCACCUCUGUCCUGGCCUUCUGUGCAGGGUGAUCGGUUAGGGAUCAGUGUAGUUUAUUACAGCAAGGCUUAGGUCUAAGUAAUGAUCCAGGGUGUAGAAAACAUCAACACGUGAACAGUCAGAAGAAACAUUUUUAGACUUAAAGUCUUGAAUUAUUUUCGUUUGGUGGAUCAAUUCUGGCCAGUUAUUGUAAAGUCCAGCGGGAAUCAUGAAGCAAGAAGUAAAAGUUAGUGAAGUUGAUGGUCUCUUUCCAGAGGAGGAGAAACUGUGUAGAUAUUUAAAUGUUGAGUUGUGAAAAAAGGGAAAGUGAAAAUGAAAGUGAAUAUUAAGGGCAUCCAACCCCGUCGCCAUGAGGAGCAUUGACGUUGGAUGAUUCUACAAAAUAUGGUAUUAACUUAAGUGCCGUUUCUAAGUGUUUAUUGAGAUUUUUUAAAAUAAUUAUUUAUUUAUUGAUACUAAUGCUGCAUUCAUGUGCUCCUCGGAUGGUCCAAGUUUCCGAGUUGGGAAGUCGUUCUUUUUAACAUUUACAAAACAUAUUUUGCCCGAUUAUGACACCAAGUCGAGCAACACAUUUUUUCCCAAGCUGGCUUUCAUGCACAUUUUACCAGAGAUGAGGGAUUCGAGUCACGUGACUAGACUCGAGUCAGACUCGAGUCACAUAUUUGAGGACUUGAGAAUUGCUUGACUGACAGUGAUAAAACACUUGACUUGACUUAAGACUUUGCCUCUACGACUUGAGACUAGACUUAUUUUACUACUGGGAAACUCGUUUUUCCGAUGUGUCUGACACUACAUGAAUGCACCAUUAAUCUGCACCUGUCAAUUGCAUUGUGUUUAACCCUUUCAUCGUCAAAAUGGUAGAAGAGACGCAUUCAUGAGUUUCACUCAAGGCAAAACUGACCGAAAAUCCUGAAAUCAUUAGGUGUUGAAUUCUUUCAGAUACUCAAAUAAUGUCAAAUAGAGGAAUUCAGUAAAAUACAUUUUUACUUAAAUGUGUGCAUGGAAAUGAUUAAACUAAGUAAAAGCAAAAUAAUGUUUUCUCAAAUCAAUCAUAUCACAUCUGUUGGAUUGUACAGCUCCAUAUCUCACUUCCUAUUUAUUUGAUAUUAUAAAGUUUAUUGUUUAUACUUUUGAUUUCCUCAUGAUUUUUGGUCUUAUUCUCAUUUUAAAUGCCUUACCUGCUGAUUCUAUUUUCUAAAGCACCAUGUGACAUUGGUAGAAAAAGGUGCUUUACAAAUAAAGUUUAUUUUGAGAUGGAAGCUAAUUCUGCCACAAAACGUUGUGUUUCUUUUUUACUUGAACGUCUGAAGCAGUGGCGGUUCUAGACC